CCAGAUGGUUUCAUGAAGCUUCAUGUGCGUCCUGCUCGUCGAAGCUCUCAGCAGCUGCUCGAUCUUGGAGCCAUUACAGUGCAGGUCAGCCAGAGCCUCCAGCCUUCACUGAGACAGUUUGAUCAUGUCGGAUCAGACUGUGGGACCCAUCACCCAGGACCAGCCAGCACCUCCCGGAGUGGCCGGUUCCUUCACCAAUGAGGCCGUCUCCAUCCUGAGCUCCACGAGCCAGCUGGCCCGAACCCUCCUGGGUCACACCUUCGCACUCAAACGCCACGAAAGUCCCGCCAACGCUGAAGCCAUGACUGGCAGCAGCUGUGAUGAAGACAGCGGAGGUGGUGCACGGCGCAAACGGGAGUUCACCCCCAAUGAGAAGAAGGAUGAAGGCUACUGGGACAAGAGGAGGAAGAACAACGAGGCGGCCAAAAGGUCCAGAGAGAAGCGGCGGGCGAAUGACAUGGUUCUGGAGAGGAGGGUUCUAGGUCUGCUGGAGGAGAAUGCUCGCCUCAAGGCCGAGCUGCUGGCCAUCAAACUCCGCUUUGGUCUGGUCAAGGAUGCAUCUGAGGUGUCCAUCCUGCCACUGUCUGCACCCAUCUGUGCCCAGCCAGCACCUUGCUACCACACUGAUGCCCCCUCAUACCUCAACACCAGCACCCACCAGAACCACCCCCAACCUCAGGGGGCCGUCUAUGGGUCGAGGGCGUCCGAGCCUCCCUCCAGUCACAGUGCAUCAGAGGAGAGCAGCCUCUCUACCUCCUGUAGCUCCAAUGUGGGCAGCCCUGUGUUUUUUGAUGACACACUGGUUCCUCAGAGGGAGCUGGUGGAUGAGCAGCACAUCUGUCCAAUGGAAGUCAGUGAGAGUCAGUAUGCCAACAGACAAGAAGAGGGUUUGAGGAGCCUCCCACAUAAGCUCCGUUUCAAAGGCCCCGGAGGCAGCAACGAUGGAGGGGAGAUGUCUCCGUCUUCUGACAGCAGACACAACGGCCUCCCCGUCGCCACCGUGGGACCAAACAUCCAGAUCAGAAACCAGCAGCAGCCCAGAUGGGAUGCUCGGACGGAGAGUCCUUGGUCCAGGGAGGAGGCCUGCGGUGGGCAGCAGUAUCAGGGUUCAUCCUCUGGAUAUUAUAAUCACUUCUUUCAGCAGAACUCGAAGUACAACAAGUGUUCAACAGAGGACAUCAGUCUCAGGUCGCAGAUCGGCUGUUUGUCUCAGGAAGUGGCUCAGCUCAAGAGGCUCGUCUCUCAGCAGCUGCUCUCUAAGAUCGCUUAAAAAAACGUGAAUAGAGGAGGAACAAAUCCAGACUGACAUCUGUCAACCUCAUAACCCGCUCAUCUCAACAAAGCACCGGUGUGAGCAGCUACCUCUGACAGGACAAACUUUAUUAACAGCGCUUGUUUCUCUGUUUUCUCUUAUGAUGAACAACACAUUUAAUAACCUAAAAGUGUUUUCUGUCUGGGUCAUGUCCUGGGAUCGAGCUUGUUUCACUGUAUUUGAAAGAUACUGUGCAAGUCUUGAAUGAGCACUGAAUAGGGAUGUUAGAUGGUAAAAAGCAAAGUGUGAUUUAUCUGUAGCACAAAAGUGAACAUUAACACCUGUCCUCACGUCUGUCCUCGGAAACAGCUUACAUUUGUUUGUUGCAUAACAUUAACUUGUGCUAAAUGUGUGAUAAAUGUGAUUAAAAUGACUUCUUGGAGUGCA